AUGACAAAUUAAGAUAAAAUAGGAUUUGUAUUAUCGAUUGAUAAAGAUUGGUAGAAUAUUUUAGAAAAAUGUUAAAGUAUUGAUAACAACAUAAAAAAUAUGCAAACAAGAUUAACUUUUACAAUAGGUCAAAUGAAUAAGGAAAUAGGAAAUCGACAUAUAAUACCAGUAUUUUAAGUUGAAGAAGAAGCAAUUAAGGAAGAGACUCGUCUUCCAUCAUAAGGUGAAUCUCCUAUUAAGAAACCAGUGAACUUAGCAAAAUAAGCUUAAAUAUUAGCUCCUGUUUAUUCAACAAUAAGCGAGCGUUUUUAAAUUUGUAAAUUUUUGGGGAAAGGAAAGUUUAGUGAUGUAUAUCAAGCUUAAGAUAAAUAAACAAAAGUAAUUGUUGCAUUAAAAGUAAUUCCAAAAGCUACUUUAUAAAAAUAUGGUAUGGAAAAGCAAUUAGCAAAUGAAAUUAAAUUAUAAGGUUAUAUGGAUCAUCCAAAUAUUCUAAAACUUUAUGGAUAUUUUUAAGAGUGGUCUAAAGUAGUAUUAAUUUUGGAAUAUGCAACAGAUGGUGAAUUAUUUAAAUUAUUGAAGAAAUAACCAAAAAAAAAAUUUACAGAAUAAAUAGCUUCUGGCUACAUUAGAUAAAUAAUUGAAGGUAUAGGAUAUAUGCAUAGUAAGAAUAUCAUUCAUAGAGAUAUAAAGCCAGAAAAUAUUUUAAUUACACAUUCAUUAUUAAAAAUAGCAGAUAUGGGAUUAUCAACAUAUAAUCCUGCUAAUUAAGUAAGAUAAUCAUUUUGUGGUACUGUUGAUUAUAUGUCUCCAGAAAUUGCAGCAGGUAGAGAUUAUGAUCAUACUGUUGAUAUAUGGGCUAUUGGUAUUUUAGCUUAUGAACUUUGUACAGGAGAGACACCUUUUUAUGAAAAGAAAAAAGAAGAUACUAUGAAUAAAAUUAUUUAUAGUAAUUUUGAAUUCCCUAAUUAUUUGAGUGAAGAAUGUAAAAUAUUUGUUAAAACUUUGGUUUAAAAAGAACCUAAAAAAAGACCAAGUAUUUAUUAAAUUAUGUAACAUUAAUGGAUUUAGAGAUAUGAGAAAGAAAGUACAAUUUUUAAUAGAGACUUACUCAAUUCUAUGGUUAAAUUGCUAAAAUGA